AUGUUCAAUACAGGAUGGAAGAAGACCCCACAUGCAGCGUAUUAUGCAGAGGAUUCAGUAUCCUCGAAUUCGUCCCGUCUCCACAACGAACCAGCUUCAUCGUCACAGCCCACUAACAGCGUUGUUACAGAAGGAGUGCCUGACGGUGAUGACAUCGAUGGACAUCCAUUCAAUGAAGAAGAUCUUAUUCCAAGUGCGAAGUAUUUCGAGCUUCCUGCUGGCAUCAUGCUUCCUGUGAUAGAGAUAGAGCAGUUCUCGGGAAUUAUUGAACCAAUUAGUGGCGGUGAAAUUCGUGACAGGCAAGAUCAGUUUCGCGGACUGGGCAGUACAAUGGAUGUAUAUGAGCAGUACAGAAAACAACGCAGUGGAAACUAUCAUGACAGGAAUCAGUCUAAUCAAGCUGCGAGGGAAAAACCGUGA